CGGGGCGGACGGGCUGGGGGGCUCCCGGGGCUCUGGAGGGCGCGCGUCCGGGCGGCUGUCAUGGAAGGAACUGGCGGCGGCUUCCGGAAAGACCUGGUGAGCAAGCUGCUGCAGCUGCACUUCACAAACAGCAAGACCAAAGUCGGCGGGGACGCGCUGCGGCUCAUGGCGGAGCUGCUGACCAUCUUCGUUGUGGAAGCGGCUGUCCGCAGUGUCCGGCAGGCCCAGGCAGAGGACCUGGCUCUCGUGGACGUGGACCAGCUGGAGAAGGUGCUGCCCCAGCUGCUCCUGGACUUCUAGGGGCCUCCACCCCCACUGCGGCCCGCUGUCCAAGCCAAGGCCAAGCCCCACGCCCACGUUUCUGUGGCCUCUGGCUUCAGACAGGGAAGGAGCUGCUGAUGCCUGAGACAGACUCUCCUCCAGCCCCAGAGACUGAGCUAGGUCCUGGGAAAUGCCCCACUCCUCCUGGUCUCUGUCCUGCUGCUGACCGCCUGGACACAGCAGAUGGGGGAGGCCGCUGAGGGGACCUGGGGGAGGGCAGGUGCCUUCCCCUUUACACGCAGCGUUGUGAGAGAAGCGCAGGGUCCUGGGAAAGCAGGUGCCAAGGAGCAGCGGGGGCCCGCCCGCCUGCCCGAGCAGGUGGCCUGUGUACGUUCUACAGAUAAGCGAAGCUGCCCACAGGCUGACACCCCAACAUCAAAGCUUCCGUGCAACCUUUUAACCAUCUGAUACCCCUCAGAAGAUGCUUCCCUGAGCUGUAAGUUUAUUCUCACAAGGCAACGUCAAUAAACCAAAGCUGCCUCUCGG